ACGCAAGCGCAAGAACACAUUUCAGGAGUUGGCCGUUUUAUCGGUUUAGCGGCGAUUCUUUUUGUUUGAUUGUAUUGCUGUUGUUUGCGUGAGAACUUUAGAAUGCCUGCUCCUACAAAACUGCGUGAUCUCAUCAAGCAGAUUCGUGCUUGCAAAACCGCAGCCGAUGAGCGCGACUUUGUGACGAAGGAGUGUGCGAGCAUUCGGACUCUGUUUCGAGACGAAGACAACGACUUUCGAUGUCGGAAUGUAGCCAAAGUUCUCUACAUUCACAUGCUAGGAUAUCCAGCUCAUUUUGGACAGUUGGAGUGUAUGAAAUUGAUUGCGUCGCCGAAGUUUACUGACAAACGUAUUGGAUAUCUUGGGGCAAUGAUGCUGCUCGAUGAGAGACAGGAUGUUCACUUGCUGAUUACGAACUGUCUCAAGAAUGAUCUGAAUCACGAAUCUGUGUAUGUAGUUGGUUUAGCUCUUUGCACACUUGGGAGCAUUUGCUCUCUUGAGAUGUGUCGUGAUCUUGUGUCUGAAGUAGAGAAGUUGUUGAAGACGGGAAAUGCGUACAUCAAGAAGAAGGCAGCACUGUGUGCUACAAGAAUGAUCAGCAAAGUGCCAGAACUGAUGGAUUCAUUUGUUCCAGUGACAAGACAACUACUGACAGAGAAGAACCACGGUGUUGUGUUGAGUGGCGUGGUUUUGAUUACUGAAAUGUGCAAAGUUAGUCCAGACACUGUGCCUCACUUCAAGAAGCAAGUAGGAAAUUUGGUGAAAAUCUUGAAAACGUUGUCAAUGUCUGGCUACUCUCCUGAUCACGAUGUCUCUGGUAUUAGUGAUCCAUUUUUACAGGUAAAAGUCCUUCGACUACUACGAGUAUUAGGUCAUGGUGACAAUGAAACAAGCGAUGCAAUGAACGACAUUCUUGCUCAGGUUGCUACAAAUACUGAGACAAGCAAGAACGUAGGAAACUCAAUUCUGUAUGAAGUUGUUUUGACUAUCAUGGAUAUCAAUUCAGAGAGUGGACUGCGAGUAUUGGCAGUGAACAUUCUUGGACGUUUUCUACUUAAUACAGACAAGAAUAUCAGAUAUGUAGCUCUGAACACUCUUCUAAAAACAGCUCACGCUGAUCAUACAGCUGUUCAAAGGCACAGGAACACCGUUGUUGAUUGUUUAAAGGAUCCAGACAUAUCCAUUAGAAGACGGGCUAUUGAGUUAUGUUUUGCUCUAAUCAAUGACAGUAACGUGAAGAGUCUUACUAAGGAAAUUGUGUCUUUUCUGUCCGACGCAGACAUGGAGUUUAAGGCAUAUAUUGCAUCUAAUCUCAUUCUUGCAGCUGAGAAACACGCUCCUGAUCAGAAGUGGCAUGUAGAUACCGUAUUGCAAGUGUUGACAAUGGCAGGAGCAUAUGUAGAAGAAGACCUUGUUCCUGUUCUCAUUCAGUUGUUUGCUGGCAUGACAGAACUCCAUACAUACAUUGUGCAGCAGCUUUAUGUUGCUCUCAGUGGUGACAUUAGCCAGCAAUCCCUUGUUCAAAUUGGUGUUUGGUGUAUUGGUGAGUAUGGUGAUCUGCUAUUGCUGGGACCAACUCAGGGAGAAGAGGCUAUUGAGGUGAGUGAGUCUGAUGCGCUCAAUGUAUUGCAAGCUGUAUUGGAGAGUCCUCAUUCGUUGCCAACUUCCCUUAAUUUUGCCGUGACAAGCGUUAUGAAGCUCAGUACCAGAUUCACACAGACAGUAGAACGUAUUCAGGGUUUAGUUGCUCAAUAUGGAACAAAUUUGGAUGUCGAACUGCAGCAACGAUCGGUUGAAUACUCACAGCUCUUUAGUGCAUUUAAUCACAUGAGAUCAGCUUUGUUAGAAAGGAUGCCAUUGCCAGAUGUUAAGGCGUCAGCUAGUGUCAAUGACACAAACGGAGCAGGAGAGUCUCUACCUACAGAAGCAAAUGCAGCAACUUUACCUGGUUUACAAGCAGCGCCACUGCCUGUUAAACCUGCCGCUCAAGAAGCCAGUCUUCUAGAUUUGUUGGGAGAUUCUGAAGCAGUAGCUGAACAGCCAGUGUCCAAUCAAGCUGGCAAUGAGCUGCUGGACAUCUUGGGAGGUCUGUCUGUAUCAGCACCAGCUGCAGUUCAGCCUGUGCAGUCUAAUGCUCCAUCUUCUGGCUCAGGCUUAAUGGAUUUAUUGGGUGGCGGAACCCCACCUUCAACUGAUACAGGUUCCAUACCUUCAAUGACUGUGUUCAACAAGAAUGGAUUGACUGUUGAAUUUUUGUUCUCAAAAAUUGCCAACAAUCCCAGCAACAUAGUCGACAUCUCAAUGUUUGCUCGUAACUCCCAACCUGUAGCAAUGACGGACUUUCUAUUUCAAGUAGCAGUACCAAAGGCAUUCCAGUUGAACAUUCAAUCACCAUCUGGGAAUGUAAUUCCACCUUCUAAUUCUGGCAGUGUGACACAAAUCAUUCAGGUUGCGAAUCCUCAACGGCAACAGUUGAGGAUGAGACUGCGGAUUUCAUACAGUCUGAAUGGAUCCCCUGUGACGGAACAAGGUGAGAUUGGCGACUUUCCACCAGCAGUUUCUCAGUAAUAUGAGAGUCAGAUGACUGUUAGUUUGUACUGCUCGUCGAUCAUCUUGCUUGUUGUGUGACUGUUGUUGUCGUCGUGCUUCUGGUCAAGUUGUUGUAGAUUAUUUGGUAGAUGGCACUUGUAGCUUGGCAGCUGUUGGCUAUGACUUGCUUUCAAAUUGUAUUUUGCUACAGUGGAAAUAAACGCGUCACAUUUUAGUCUAGCGC